CGUUUCCUCACCACAUCAAAACGUGCUAGCUCCAUCUGGGUUUUCAAUUUCAUAACAACACAAAACCUUUUUCUGAGAUCUUAUCGUUUGUUCAUAGCUUUUGGGUAAUUUCCUCUGUUUCCUCCCUCUCUUCGAGGUCCUAAGAGAGAUCAAAUCAAACUCUCUGAUUCUUUUGGCCUGAAACUUCCGAUAUGUGUACCCGUUAUUCCACUCAGUUGCAAUCAUCAGCCAUAACAUCCAUCACCGUCUCAUCAUCUUCUUCCUUAGAUUCCACGACACGGGAUGAUAACAAUCACAUGGCUACAGUUUCCAACACUCGAGAUAACUCCCCAUUGUCGUUCUUGACGAGACUAGCCAUGAGAGUAUCUAGAGCAAGGUGGUUCAUUUUCUUGAGAAGAGUGUUUCAUUACCAGAACGGCUCAAGAUCCGAUCUUGGCACCAACCCUUUCGAUUCAGUCACUUGGAUGAUAUCAGAGCUCAUCGCUUUACUUGUACAGAUCACUGUGAUAACAAUCACACUAGCUUUGUCCAAAAACGAGCGCCCUAUUUGGCCUGUGAGGCUCUGGAUCACCGGCUACAACGUUGGAUGUCUGCUUAAUCUUAUGCUAUUAUAUGGUCGAUAUCAUCAGCAAGACCACAGAAAUGGGUUUAGCUUCGGAGAUAUUGAGCAGCAACAGAGAAGCAGAGAAGAGACAAGGUGCUCACAUUUAAUGAACAGAUGCCGAACAUCGCUGGAGCUUUUCUUUGCGAUAUGGUUUGUGGUAGGUAACGUAUGGGUGUUUGAUUCUCGGUUUGGUUCUUUCCACUAUGCUCCAAACCUCCAUGUCCUCUGCAUCUCCUUGCUCGCUUGGAACGCUCUCUGCUACUCGUUCCCAUUUCUUCUCUUCCUCCUGCUUUGUUGUGUUGUGCCUCUCAUUAGUAGCUUCCUCGGCUACAACAUGAACAUUGGAUCUUCAGAAAAAGGAGCUUCAGACGACCAAAUCUCCAGUCUCCCCAGUUGGAAGUACAAACUCAUUGAUGAAACCUCUGGUUCUGAUUCUGCUCAAGCAAGCAAUGAUCCGGAAUGUUGCAUAUGUUUGGCAAAGUACAAAGAGAAAGAAGAAGUGAGAAAGCUUCCAUGUUCGCAUAGGUUUCACCUGAAAUGCGUAGAUCAAUGGCUUCGUAUUAUCUCGUCUUGUCCUCUCUGCAAACAAGAUCUCCCCAACUAAACGAGACACGAGUCACAAAGAUUGAAUACCUGACCAAGUUUCCAUACUAUUGUUGUUCUUUUCUUACGUUUUUGAUUUUUUUUUCCUGUUGUCGUCGAUACACGGUUACUUGUGUGAGUAGUCAUUUUUUUUCUUUCCAUGUACAAAAGAGCUCACCAGUAACCGUAACUAUACAUAAAAAACAACAUAAAAAUUUACUAAAUCAAAAAACAUGAUCUAUGUGUUGCUUACCGAUAUAGUUUGUUCCUUAUUUACAGUCAAA